AUGGCUAGGACUGUGGGGAGAAAUGUGGCAGUACCACUCCUGUUCUUAAACUUAAUCAUGUACAUCAUAGUGGUAGGUUUUGCAAGCUGGAACCUCAACCAUUUUAUCAAUGGCCAGACAAAUCAUCCAGGAGUUCCUGGGAAUGGAGCAACAUUCUACUUCCUUGUGUUUGCAAUCCUGGCUGGAGUUGUUGGAGUGGCUUCCAAGCUGUCUGGUGCAAACCAUGUGAGAGUUUGGCGCAAUGUCAGCCUUGCUUCUGCUUCUUCAUCAUCAGUUAUUGCAUGGGCUAUCACUGCUUUGGCUUUUGGGUUGGCAUGCAAGGAAAUUCAUGUUGGAGGGUAUAGAGGAUGGAGACUAAGGGUUUUGGAGGCAUUUAUUAUAAUACUAACUUUCAGUCAGUUGAUCUAUGUGUUGUUGUUGCAUGCUGGCAUGUUUAGUGGUAAGUAUGGACCAGGAUAUAGAGAUCCAGACACUUAUGGAAUGGGUGCUGGUCAGGGUGGUGAGCCAAUUAAGGUUGGUGAGACUGGGACAAGAAUCUAG